GUCGGAAUUUCCGGUGACGUCACUGCGUCUCAAUAUCCAUAAUGGGUCUGCAGCUGUCUGAAGAGCAACAAUAACAAGAGAAGCUCAGCGACAAAACGAGUUAUUGUCUCGUCUCUGACACCUUUGCUAGCCCCAACUUCACAUCAUUCUGUCACCAACACUCUUGGUGAAUUAACUCUGGCCUCCGCUUCCUCUGACUCGGAAACCGGCGGAGCGUCGCCGCCACCGCGGAAGAAAUACCGAGCUUCGGUGGCGGAGGGAGCAGGGGGGCUUGGGGCUUCAAUUGGGUCAGCGGCCCUGUGUACAGUUGUGGGGAUUUUAACUUUUCCCAAUUCUCCCGUUGCUCCUGUCAUUCGAUUCAAUCCGCACAGUGUAGCCCACAUCAACAUUAAUAAUAUGCAAGCCAACGGGGCAGGACAGGGUCAAGAUUCGGAGCUGUCCUGCCUAAACAACAGUGCGCAAAACGGAGAGUCGUCCUCCGCCGGGGAAGCUCACACUAACGUUAAUGGACUAUCCACAACAAACAAUGGGAACUCUGUCAGUAACAACGACGGUAUCCCAGCCCCAGCAGCAUCCAACAACACCGUGUCUUCGGAUGCAAACUCCGUGAAAAAGAAGAAACGUCUUUCUCAGUCAGAGGAAGAUGUCAUUAGACUUAUAGGGCAACAUUUACACGAUUUAGGACUUAAUCAGACAGUGGACCUGUUGAUGCAGGAGUCUGGCUGCAGACUGGAGCAUCCCUCUGCCACAAAGUUCCGCAACCAUGUGGUGGAAGGAGAGUGGGACAAGGCUGAAAGUGACCUGAAUGAGCUGAAAGCAUUGAUGCAUUCUCCAAGUGCUAUUGUGCGGAUGAAGUUCCUGCUCCUGCAGCAGAAGUACCUUGAGUAUCUGGAGGAUGCCAAGGUCUUGGAGGCGCUGCAAGUCCUGAGAGCUGAACUCACUCCCCUCAAGUACAACACAGAGCGCAUCCACAUCCUGAGCGGGUACCUGAUGUGCAGCCAUGCAGAGGACCUGAGAGCAAAGGCAGAGUGGGAGGGCAAAGGCACUGCCUCCCGCACUAAACUCCUGGACAAGUUACAGACGUACCUGCCUCCCUCUGUGAUGCUGCCUCCGCGCCGGCUGCAGACCCUGCUGAGGCAGGCUGUGGAGCUGCAGAGAGAGCGUUGCCUCUACCACAACACCAAACUGGACAGUGGCCUGGACUCUGUGUCCCUCCUCCUGGACCACGCCUGCAGCCGGAAACAGUUCCCUUGCUACACCCAGCAGGUCCUCACCGAACACUGCAAUGAAGUGUGGUUCUGCAAGUUCUCCAAUGACGGCACCAAACUGGCCACGGGAUCCAAAGACACCACAGUCAUUGUGUGGCAUGUCAACACAGAGAGUCACCAGUUGAAGCUGAUGAAGACUCUAGAGGGCCACGCCUACGGUGUCUCAUACCUGGCCUGGAGCCCUGAUGACACUUACUUGAUUGCCUGUGGCCCCGAUGACUGCUCAGAGCUGUGGCUGUGGAAUGUACAGACGGGUGAGUUGCGGACAAAAAUGAGCCAAUCACACGAGGACAGUCUGACCAGUGUGGCCUGGAAUCCAGACGGCAAACGCUUCGUCACAGGAGGCCAGAGGGGCCAGUUCUACCAGUGUGAUCUGGAUGGUAACCUGCUGGACUCGUGGGAAGGAGUAAGGGUUCAAUGCCUGUGGUGCCUGGGUGACACUCGGACCGUCCUGGCAUCAGACACACACCAGCGUAUCCGUGGUUACAACUUUGAGGACCUUACGGACAGAAACAUAGUCCAGGAGGACCAUCCAAUCAUGUCUUUCACAGUUUCAAAGAACGGGAGGUUAGCUCUGCUGAAUGUGGCUACUCAGGGUGUGCACCUGUGGGACCUACAUGACCGGGUGCUGGUGAGGAAGUAUCAGGGUGUGACACAGGGCUUCUACACCAUCCACUCCUGCUUUGGAGGACACAACGAAGACUUCAUCGCCAGUGGGAGUGAGGAUCACAAAGUGUACAUCUGGCACAGGCGCAGUGAGCUGCCCAUCGCGGAGUUGACAGGUCAUUCACGUACAGUGAACUGUGUGAGCUGGAAUCCUGUAGUGCCCGGUCUCCUGGCCAGCGCCUCAGACGACGGCACCGUCCGAAUCUGGGGGCCCGCCCCUUUCCUUGAUGUCCAGGACGCUGAGGGGCUAAGCGAAUGUUGUAGCAUGGACAGCUGAUAGUAACCUUGGAGCAGAAGACACUACUUCUUGAAUCCAGGAGAAAAACACUAGACUCUAACGAACGAAGCAGAGAAACUAUUGCGUUUUGACAGCUGCUUUCUGAAGGUUUGGCUCUGGGGCUGUGCUCCAGCGGCAGGUGCUAACGUCACACACGCGGAGAUGUCAGACAAAUCACAAAUUAACUGAUUACCAAGCAGCCACCUUGACUGACCUCCCACCUCCUCUUACCUGCCUCUCACCUCUUACCUGUGUGGCUCACAGUGUCUGAUGUCUUUUGCACCUCCUGUGUUCAGCCAGGCCCCAUCCUCUUUCGUCUUGGAGCUAACCCCAGGACUGCCACCUUUCACCUGCCUCGUCGAGAGUUUAUUAUUUAUUAUUGAUAAUAUUUAUUGUCAUGAUUAGUACGUUGAUAUAUAGAGAGAGGGCUGUAGUGGUGGACAGUGGUAAGGGUAUAUACAGUGCUGUGAAAAAGUAUUUGCCCCUUUUUAAUUCUCUACUUUUGCAUAUUUUUGAUACUGAAUGUUAUCAGAUCUUCAACCAAAACUGAAUAUUAGAUAAAGGGAACCUGAGUGAACAUAUAACUCAACAAUUACAUACUUAUUUCAUAGCCAAAGUUAUACAACACUCAAUGCCCUGUGUGAAAAAGUAAUUGCCCCCUUACACUCAGUAACUGGUUGUGCCACCUUUAGCUGCAAUGACUCGAACCAAACGCUUCCUGUAGUUGUUGAUCAGUCUCUCACGUCGCUGUGGUGGAAUUUUGGCCCACUCUUCCAUGCAGAACUGCUUUAACUCAGCGACAUUUUGUGGGUUUUCAAGCAUGAACUGCUCGUUUCAAGUCCUGCCACAACAUCUCAGUUGGGAUUAGGUCUGGACUUUGACUAGACCAUUCCAAAACUUCAAAUUUGUUGCUUUUUAGCCAUUUUCAUAUAGACUUGAUUGUGUGUUUUGGAUCAUGUCUUGCUGCAUGACCCAGCUGCGCUUCAGCUCACAGACGGAUAGCCUGACAAUCUCCUGUAGAAUUCUCUGAUACAGAGCAGAAUUCAUGGUUUGUUCUAUUAAGUCAAGUCACCUAGGUCCUAAGGCACCAAAGCAUCCCCAAACUAUCACACUACCACCAUCAUCCAUUUGGAAUGGAUUAGUCAAAGUCCAGACCUAAUCCCAAUUGAGAUGUUGUGGCAGGACUUGACAAAAGCAGUUCAUGCAAGAGUGGGUGAAAAUUCCUCCACAGCGAUGUGAGAGUCAGAUCAACAACUAGAGGAAGCAUUUGGUUGAAGUCAUUGCAGCUAAAGGUGGCACAACCAGUUAUUGAGUGUAAGGGUGCAAUUGCUUUUUCACACAGGGUAAUUGGUUGUUGCAUAACUUUGUUAAUACAUUUUUUGUAAACUCGGGUUCCCUUUAUCUAAUAUUGGGUUUUGGUUGAAGAUCUGAUAACAUUCAGUAUCAACAAUAUGCCAAAAUCACGAAAAUCAGGAAGAGGGCAAAUACUUUUCACGGCACUGUAUAUCUAUGUUGUUCUUCCAACAGGAAAGUCAUUUUUUAUUGGUUUAUUCAUUGCCUCUAAUAAACCUCUCAACGUAUAUGAGAUUGGAGUUUUCACACGCUGAAAAUAAUGACGUAUUUUAUUUCACCUCAAACUUUUAGCUAUUUUUAAAUGACAGGACUUACAGGCAUUUUAACUGAAUCGGAUGGAUAUAAAAUCGACAAAUCUAAGUGAAUCUUGGAGAUGCUUGUAUGGUUAUAAUGAUUUACGUUUGUUUAGUGUUUUUUAACACAGUAAAAUACCCUUUUAAAUUGGAUGUAGCUUUGUUUCCCCAAAGGAUGGGAUGGUGAGGUUGAUGUGCAUGUUGCUUAGGCCUCACUGCUGCCAGAAGAAACCAUUUUGACCACCUGUGGUUCAUAGCUAAAUAGCUUUUGAUUAUAUGGUGGCUAUGCUCUUACUCUUCAGAUUCCAUGCUAGACCUAGUGAAGCACGUGCUGAGGCUAACUUUCUAAUGGGAAUGUUUAGGAGGUUAUAAACUGAGCAAAAAAAGAAA